CACACCCUCUGUUAUUGAAAACCCUAAGAGCGGAGGAAAGGUUCCCCUCUUUGAAUGACAGAAACAGCACGAUGUGGCGCUCCGGCUUGCUUCUCUUCUGGGGGUGUUGUGGUAUAUAUACCUGGGAAACAUCCACAUUCUCCCCAUUGCAAACAGCAACGCCACGUUGGUGGCCGUGGGAGACGUCGACAAGGAACGGUGUGGAUGAGUGUUUGGCGGACACCACCACGUGCCCAGCGUUUGCCACCUGCACCAACACCCCGGGAAGUUACUACUGCACUUGCAAACGAGGCUUCCUGUCCAGCAACAGGCAGCUGCGGUUCAAGGGCCCGGGAGUGGAAUGUGAGGAUAUAGAUGAAUGUUCGUGGAGCCCCCCGCAGUGUGGUGCUCAUUCCAUCUGCAAAAACCAGCUGGGGAGGUACAGGUGCAGCUGCAUGCCUGGAUUCUCUUCUCCCACUGGAAAUGACUGGGUCCCUGGGAAGCCAGGCUCUUUUGCCUGCACAGACAUCAAUGAAUGCCUCUUCAGCGGGGUCUGUCCAGAGCACUCGGAAUGUACCAAUUCCUUGGGAAGCUACAGUUGUAGCUGCCGAGCUGGAUUCAUCUCUAAAAACUCCAUCUGUGAAGAUGAGGAUGAAUGUGCCAAUCCCAGAGUUUGCCCAGAGCGGGCGACUUGCCACAACAGUUUUGGAAGCUACUCUUGUGUCUGCAACCCAGGAUUUGAAUCCAGCAGUGGACAGAUGAGUUUCAAGGGCCUGGGAGAGAUGUGUGAGGAUGUGGAUGAGUGUUCCAGGAACUCGACCCUCUGUGGUCCACAUUCUGUCUGCACCAACGUCCCAGGAAAAUACAAUUGCUCCUGCCUGCCUGGGUUUUUCUCGCCUGAAUCUUGGACCCCUGAGAAACCAGAGGCUUUCAAAUGUACAGAUCUUGACGAGUGCCCUGGCAAGUGCCCUUCCAGUGCCGCAUGCACCAACACCCCUGGGAGCUACUUUUGCACCUGCAACACUGGCUAUGCAGCAAACAACGGACAGUUGGACUUCACAGACCAAGAAGUGGAAUGUAAAGAUAUUGAUGAGUGCUUUCAAGAUCCAUCACGAUGUGGCCCCAAUUCUGUCUGCACCAACGUCCCGGGCUCUUAUAGCUGUAGCUGCCUUGUGGGGUUUCGUCCCAAUCCAGAAGGCUCUUUGGACUUCACCUGCAAAAGGGUUCCCUUCAAGUGUAAAGAAGAAAUUAUACUCAAUAAUGAACGGGCCCAGCUAUGCCAAUCGGGAGCAGCAUUGGAGCCUGAAUAUGUCUCCUUCUGUGCACUAAUGAAUGCCACCAUCAGCGUUCUGGAUGACACCUGUCAAAACAAAACCACUGCCACUUCUCUGAAGAGUACGGCUGAGAGCUUCGCUUCUGUGCUUGACCAAACAUCCACAUGGUCCAACUUCACCAGAGAAGAGACCUCCACCCUGGCCACGGUCUUCCUGGAGAGCGUGGAAAGCACGACAUUGGCUGCUUUACUGAAACCCUCCACGAAUGCCAGUCAGACUGUUCGGACGGAAUAUUUAGACAUUGAGAGCAAAAUUAUCAAAAAAGAAUGCAGCGAUGAGGACCUGGCCUUCAACUUGAAAGCCAGAGGGGAUGAGCUGAAGAUCAGGUGCUCCACCAUCAAAGAAUCUGAAUCCACAGGGACCACUGGAGUGGCCUUUGUCUCCUUAGUGGGGAUGGAGUCUGUUUUAGAUGAGACGUUCUUCCAAGACCCUCAGGCCCCCUCGGCCAACUCCAAGAGGAAGCUAAGGAUAAAUUCUCACAUUGUUCAGGGCAUCAUGACCGGGAACAGGAGAGAAGGGUUCUCUAAGUCAGUCAUCUACACUCUGGAGAAUAUUGAGCCCAAGCAGAAGUCUGAGAGGCCCAUCUGUGUCUCCUGGAGAGCAGACGGGAAGGGCGGCAGGUGGGUGCCGUCUGGCUGCGUGAUCUUUGAAGCUUCUGAGACUCACACUGUCUGCAGCUGCCGUCGGAUGGUGAAUCUGGCCGUCAUCAUGGCUUCUGGGGAGCUCACGAUGGAGUUCUCCCUGUACAUCAUUAGCCACGUGGGCAUGGCCAUCUCCCUGGUGUGUCUCGUCUUGGCCAUUGCUACCUUCCUGCUAUGCCAAACCAUUCGCAACCGCAACACCUACCUCCAUCUGCAUCUCUGUGUGUGCCUCUUCCUGGCCAAGGUUGUCUUCCUCACCGGUAUAGACAAGACAGACAACCAGCUGGUCUGCGCCAUCAUUGCGGGGAUUCUGCACUACCUUUUCCUCGCCUGCUUCUUCUGGAUGCUGGUGGAGGCCACGAUGCUCUUCCUCAUGGUCAGAAACCUGAAGGUGGUGAAUUACUUCGGCUCUCGCAACAUCAAGAUGCUGUACCUCUGUGCCUUUGGCUAUGGGCUCCCUGGGCUGGUGGUGGCUGUCUCUGCCGCUGUGCAACCAAAGGGCUAUGGGAUGCAUAAUCGCUGCUGGCUGAACACAGAGACGGGGUUCAUCUGGAGCUUCCUGGGCCCAGUUUGCACGAUCAUAAUGAUCAAUUUCGUCCUCCUGACGUGGACCUUGUGGAUCCUGAGGCAGAAGCUUUCCAGUGUCAAUGCUGAAGUCUCCACCCUCAAAGACACCAGGUUGCUGACGUUCAAGGCCUUUGCCCAGCUCUUCAUCUUGGGGUGCUCCUGGGUGUUGGGCAUUUUCCAGAUUGGACCGGUGGCCAGUGUCAUGGCCUACCUCUUCACCAUCAUCAACAGCCUGCAGGGAGCCUUCAUCUUCUUCAUCCACUGUCUGCUCAGCCGCCAGGUACGGGAAGAAUACAGGCGAUGUUUCACCGGGAAGACCAAACCCAGAUCCCAGUCCCAGACCUCAGGAAUCUUACUGUCAUCUGGGCCCUCCACUUCCAAAAUGGGUUGAAGCCCUCUUUUGCUUUCAAAUACACUAUGGGGUAACAUUUGAGAAAAGCAGGUGCCUGCAGGAGCCUACGCUGAAAUCUACUCUUUGAAGCUUAAUGCAGAAAUGUGGGAUACUGCCAGCCCCAGAACUCUCUGGGAAACAAAAGUUUCUGUUCCAGAUGAACAUUUCAUCUUUUGUUAUCUGCACCUCCUUCAAUUUCCAGAGUUUGUGGAAAUAACAGAUCCCAGUGCAAUGGCACGCCCAAGACGAUCUGGCUAUUAUUCUGUUUUCUCUUAAGCUCUCUGAUAUGUGGUCGCAAAUGUUCCUUCUCCAGCACCUGUCACAUGCCUGACCUAGAGCAGCCCUCAAUAAAUGAUUUGUCAUCUGA